AUGAAACAGUCACUCAUUGUUUUUGUCAAGUGUCAAGUCAAUCUGACAAUAAAAAAAUGCGAAUUGCAAAUUCAAUCCAAUCUCAAACAAUUUCGUUGACGGCUGACGAGUGAAAGCAAUAAUAUUGUUGGAUAACUGCGCGGUGUUUACGUGACAAUGCCAUAAAAUAAAAUACUGUUUUUAAAUUUGUAUUAGUAUAAUUUGAUUAUUAUUUUCAGUCAAGAUGAAAUUCUUUAACGUUUUGAGUUCUAGCAUAUUUCAAAUUCUUUCAUUUAUCUUUGUUAUAAGUUAUCUUCUCGGUUUUCUAAAUUUACAUUUCAGCGACAAAACUAAUUACUGUGUUAUGACUUAUAUGUUUGAAUAUCCGCAGUUCGUGCGAUUAUCCGUGCCAGAAAACAAGAUUUACCCCCAAUAUGGAUUGUAUGCAUAUAGUGAAGGGCGAUUUACUGAAAAAGCUAGGAAAAUGUGGUUUGAUGGUGUACCAGUAUUGUUUAUACCUGGGAAUUCUGGCAGCCACAUGCAGGCCAGGUCACUUGCGUCUGUAGCAUUAAGGAAGGCCCUCACUAAGGGCUAUCAAUACCACUUUGACUUCUUCACACUCAGUUAUAAUGAAGAGUUAUCUGGCAUCUACGGUGGGGUGCUUCAGAGCCAGACCAGGUUUGCAGCAGCCUGUAUAUCAAAGAUUUUAAGUCUAUAUAAAAGUAACAAGUACACCAAGACUGUACCAACUUCCAUCAUUCUCAUUGGACAUUCUAUGGGAGGACUUAUAGCUAAACGUCUUUUAGCAUACCCGAGUACGCUUGACACGACAGCUUUAGCCAUUACUUUGGCGGCUCCUUUAGAAGCGCCAGUUGUCAAUGUAGACGCCGCAAUGGAUGACUUUUACAUGCUAAUGGACUUGGAAUGGAAAACGUACAUUCAUAAUCACCCGUUUAUGAAAGAGAAAAAGGUCUUGAUCAGCUUUGGGAAUGGACCGCGCGAUCUUUUAAUGCCGUCUGGUCUGACGUCCUCAAAUGACAGCUUCAUUAGUGCUUUGACGACCUCUGUGCCCGGUGUAUGGGCAUCCCCCGAUCACGUAUGCAUUGUCUGGUGCAAACAAUUAGUGAUGGUCAUCAACAGAUACCUUUUUUCUAUCGUUAACCCGGACACGGAACAAAUUGUUGAAGACGGACAAAUAUUAAAGUCGAGAGCAAUACAGUUCUUUAAGGCGAAUCGAUCUAUGACGUUGAGUCCGGAGAUACCGCGUGCUAAUGUAACUAUGAUGGUGGAUGCUUUCUGGUAUGAGGACAACAGGAGGAUGUACACAAUAUCAAGGCCGCAGAUUGAUAAAAUGACAUACUUAAUGAUACGACUGGUCUCGUUUCCACAAAAUCGAUUCGUAGCUAUCGAAGCCGUCAACGUGGAAGACAGGGACUGGGUGUUUGGAUGCAAUGCUAAAUAUUCAUACAAUACGUACAGAUACUGUAGAGACGCAACAUCAUUAUCUGAAUUGAGCCGAUGGACAGGGGCUGCCGCAGACAACGGCAAACGUAAACUGGCCACGAUCAAUUUACAUAAAAUUAAAGAAGCACAUCCCGAUUGGUCACAUGUUGUCGUCAAAGUAUCGCCUACAAGGAAACCGAUCAUAUUAAACGUGGAUAUUAACGACCAUGCGUCACGAGUAAUAGAUGUCGAUCUUCAAUAUCUCUGGUGGUUCGGAAGAUACCAGAUCAUAUCGGAGACGGAACGCGAAAGCCUGUACUACGAGCUGACACUAAGGAACUUUAACACUGUUCAUCAAGCAUUUCUAUUGUAUGUAGAACCUACGCCGAGUUGUAAGGCCCAGUACCACGUAUCGGCUGAACUGCAUGUACCUUGGGCUGAAAAUCAUGAAUAUUAUCAUUAUUUUACUCUCUUAAAACAGUCUCCAAUGAAGUUAAGAUUAUUCAAAACUAAUCCGAACGUAACAGACAGUUUGGAAGUGACUGAACAUCCAAAGAUAACAUUACUAUUGGAUCCACAAUGUACGUACAGAAUAAGCAUAUCUCAAUCCUGGUACCUCCGCCUCGCGCAGAUGGCUCGCAACUACAGCCCCGUUCUCGUGCCUUACAUGACAGCGAUAGUGUUGCUAGCGGCAAGAAGCAAUCUCCUACAGUUGAAAGAAAAGGGCGCGUGUGUGUCAUUACAUAGUGCGCUUAUUAGUGAAGGUGUCAAGCCUUAUUACGCUUUACUGUAUGCGAGACUUGGUGCUGUUAUAUUCUUCUCCAUUCCAAUUUUCUCAUUUAUAUUUGAGAAUGCAAGCUGGAAUAACCUUGAGUUGCGCUACUUCAUAAAGUCUCUGCUGGUGUUGCCAGCUUAUUUGACUGCCUUGGGAAUAUUGCAAAUUGCCGCGGCAGCUAUCGUGGCAGUUAUGGUGUUCUCUUCACAAAUAGCACAUCGAUUAUUAUUUCGAAUAAUGUGUCGCGGCGGGCCGGGGCUGGCGGAGAAGAUGGCGGCGGGGCUGCAGAAGGUCCCGAUGCUGGUGAGCGCGGCGCUGCUGUGCGCGGGUCCGCUGGCCUGCGGGGCCGCCGCGCUCGUCGCCGGCGCCGCCUUCUAUGCGUUCAUGCUCUCCAAAAUGUACGAAGAAUACUUAGAAGACUACGUCUAUAAAUUAAUGGCGAAAAUAUUUGCAAGAGUGCGUCGUAUAUUUAGAAGCAAAAAACCAAACAAGGAAACCGAAUCCGAACCUCCGAAAGCUAGUACAUCUAGGGAACAACUCAACGAUGACAGUAAUAGACAAACAAAUGGCAAAACAGUCAAUGAUUCUAAAGACAACGUUGCCAGUGAAAAAAAUAAGUGUGAAUGUGAUACCACAAGCAGUGAGCCAAAUAAUGAUAAUAAUAAAGUGAAUGAUGAAAGUGGUGAGAAGCCUUGUGACGAAUCAGAAGAUAAACAUGCUGAGGUCGAUGAGGACCUCAGCUCUUUAAAUUUCCACAUGAUGAUGUUCUCAAUGUGGUUAGCUGUGACUCUAGUCAAUGUGCCAGCGUUAUUAACGUGGGCUAGGAACUUUUCAUACAGUAUGGUGUUAAAACCUGAUACAUCCUACCACACAGGUCUUGUUAUGUCGGCUUGCUCCACUUGCGUGUGGCAGAUGAAUUUACCAAGAAGAAAUUUGAGACACUAUGAUUCUGUAGCAGCUUUAUUAUUUACGAUGGCAGUAUUUUUAUUAGCCCUGGGUCCUCUUUCACUCACUAUCGUCAACUACGGAGUUACAUUCAUGUUUGCUGUCAUAACACUGCAGCAAGUUUUUGAUAAAGAGGAAACAGUGCCAUCUAUUGACAAGAACAAAAAUGAAGAAAAGACUCCGACUAAUGAACAAAACCGGGAAGAUAAUGCGGAGAAUAGAAACUGUGAUGAUGAUGAUGAGUUUAAAAAAUUCUUAGAAAGAGAAACAGUACGAGGCCCCGAUUUAAAACUUGAUGAUUGUGUUGUGUGCACUAGUAGUAAAAUGUACAGAAUAUUCAAGAAUAUGAAGGAUAAAUUCAGUGCUACUGAAAAUUUAUAGUUGUGAGUUAGACCUAGCCGUUUAUAUGCCUUGAUCUCUUAUUGUACAUUUGUCUGUAUCCUCGUGAAUGAUGUAGCUCCUUUUGGAAAGUUUGAACGAUAUUUUAAUAUAUCAUCUAUUUGUUCAGUAGUCAUAGAACCAGAGUUUUUAAAAAAUUACUUGCAGUGUGACCGCAUCUGACAAAUACAAGCCUUGUUAAUAUUUUUGUAUCAUACCCUAUAAGAUAGCUAAUUAGUGGGGAAAAUUGUAAUAGACUGAUAUCUUAGGUACUUGAUUACGGGUAUAUUAAUUUAAUUGAAACUUAUGUUCUUAAAUAUGUUAAUAGACAAAUCAAUGGUGUAAUGUAAUUUGUCAAUAGAUGCGGUCAUACAUUGUGUAAUUGAAUUAGGAUUUUGUUAUUAAAAAUUCAGCAAUAACUCUCGAAAUUCAAGUCUAAGAACGAAAAUUGCCUUAAAGUAAUUAAUGUUAUAUGAGGCUUUCUAUCUAUAGGACGUGUAUUUUAAUACGUAUUUUUUUGUUUAGUGGACUCAUUCCUAAUUACAGCUAUUCGUCGAGAUUACUAUAUUCUAGUUUUUUUUUAUUUUGUUUUUUACUAAUCUGUAUAAAACUAAGCCAUGAUUAUUAAAACAACGCACUUUCACUUGGGCUAGUCAAGGAUGUUUGUAAGAAAAAUGUUUAUUAAAAUGUUAACCUAAGUACAGACAUUAAAAAUUAGGUUGUUUUUUACAAUAUACGUGAACCAGUUGCUCUUGGUUUGUAUAAAAAAAAAACAUUAGAAUGCCCAUUUCAGCAUUCGUUUAAAUCAUAUUUUAGCCAAUAGUCAAUGGGAGUUGUGAAUUGUACAAGUACACACAGUUUAAUGUAUUGAAUUGUAUUAAACUGCAUAAUAGUCCCCCACAGCAUGGUCUAAAAGAUGCUUAAUUUUAUUGAUAAUACUGUAAUAGAAAAAAGAAAAGAAAUUUCAAAAGGUGUAGGUAUAUGUAAAAGUCUAGGUGCCUUAAUGCAUUUUAAUAUGACCCAUGGUUUAGUUAGAACAUAGGGAAAAUUUAUAAUAGCUGUUCCAUUUUAGCUUCAGAUGUCUUCCAAUUAAUCUUGCACCACUUCCAAAAAGUCAAUUUAUCACAUCUUAAAAGCACAAAAUAUUUAUAAUCAAUAAAUUAAGAUUUUAAUCAUGAAUGCAAUAUCUUAUUGUGUAGUAGUUUUAACUUUAUAUACCUUAAAUUGGUAAAUGGGACUGGUGUGAUAAAUACAAGAAUUUUAUUAAUGGUUUUAAAAUGAUAUUCAAAAUUAACUAAUUGAUUGUUGUGUCUCAACUGUUUCAUAAAUUGUAAGACAGAUGUUUUCAAAUAAAAAAAAAAUAACACAUGUGACAGGACUGCAGGUAGUGAUCCAUUUUCAAAAUUAAACUUUAUUCACCCCAUCAGUCCCAUUUACCCUGUUUACCUUUAGUAAAGAAAAUACUAGUCUAAAUAAAUUUGUAGCAUAAUGUAUCUAAUUUAAAUAAGUAAAAUGUGUAUGAACUCAGAUAAAAUAUUAACUGGAAAUGACUUGUACAGUACACUCACAUAUCUGAAAGGUGCUUUAAUGAUGAACCACCAUAGUCCAUAUUUUGUGGUAAUAUUUUUUAUUUGUUACCUAUACUUUAUUUUAACAUAAAGUUAGACCAUUAUAAUAUUUUUUCUCAUAAUUUACAUGUAUGUACACCUAAAAGGCCUUUUUUUUUUAAUUGCUGCAACUUAUAUUGCUUGUAUAAAUAUGUUAUAUUUAUAUCUGAUAUUUCAAAUAGAAAUUUAUAAAUGUCUUAGGAAAGGCCUGCCAGGAGAAGUAUAAAUUUGAUAUAGUAAUAAAACCAUUAUGAACC